GCAUGGCCCAGCCGGAGCCGAGUCCGACAUUCCGGCUUUUGUGGCGCUAGCAACAACAACAACAAUGAAAACAAGCCCACAGUAAUGCAGCAACCACCACAACUACUACUACGAACAACAACAAACGACUAGCAUAGCGACACGCGCACACGCCGUGCUUAUUCGCUUGCUACUUGUGGCGGACGCGCCUCGCCGCCGAGUCGCGGCCGGGGUUGGGUGGGGGGGUGAGCGUCCAAUGCCUGGCGGGGCCGACGGGGACGACGUCGCGUUCAUGUUUAAAGCUAUGCUGGAGAGAGACCCGAACAAGCGGCGUGUCAAGCCAGUGCAGAACCAGCUGCUGGAGGCAGCAUUUGGUUACGACAGCUCAGACGACAGCGAUUUCAAUGUCGAUGAGGCCUCAGGUUCUUCUGGUACAGAUGGUAGCGAUGCAGAAAGUAAAGCUUCUGAAAGCAAAGAAGAAAAAAAAAGCAAAGAUUCUGAAAGUGAAGACAGCGAAGAAGAUGGCCAUGGGAAAGCAAAAGAAGCAGAGGAGGACAAAUCCAGCUCCGAUUCGGAUCAGAAGGAAGUUUCAAGAAAACGUGAAUCUGGAGCCAAGGGGAAAGAGAAGGGUGGACGGCAGCAAUCGAAGGGGAGUGGUGACGUUGCAAAGAAGACCAGCUCUGGGGAGUCGGAGAGCAGUGACAGUGAGAGUGCACCUUCUGCUAAAAACUCGAAUGAUGAUGCACAAUCAGCCAAGGAUCAAAAGAGGAAGUGGAACUUUCGCCGUAAGCGCAGUACGCCAGCCGUUGUGCUGACAGAGCAGGACCUGGGCAACAUGGAUGACUAUGACAGCGAGGACGACAACGACUGGGACCCCGAGAAAGUUGGCAAACAAGGGGGUGGCUCCGAGUCGGAGGGCUCGGACGGCAGUGACGCGAAAGGGCAUGGCGGCAACGAUGACAGUGAGAGCGGCAACAGCAGCGACAAGGACAGCAAAGGCAGUGAUGAUGGCAGUGAUGACGAGGAGGAUGAGGACGGUGAUGAGAAGGAGAGUGCAAAGUCAGAAGAGCAGGAGAGUGGCGAUGAUGUGUCUGGUUCGGAGAGCACGGUGGAUAAAUCUGUUACCAUCGGGGAGCUCAUUGAGAAAGUAGCAAAGAAAAGGACCAAAGCUGAAGAGUCUGUGACAUCCAGUAAGACCUCUGGAGGCAGGUCUUCACAGAAGAUGCAGGAGGUGCUGAUCUGCAGCGUGUGUCUUGGUGAGAACAGUGAAGACAGCAACGAGAUUGUCCAGUGUGACAACUGUGGAGUCACAGUCCAUGAAGCUUGUUACGGUGUUGAUGGCGAGAGCGAGUCUGUGAUAAGCUCCACCUCGGAUAACUCAACAGAGCCCUGGUUCUGUGAUCCGUGCAAAGCCGGCGUUGUGCCCAGCUGUGAGCUCUGCCCUGCCAUUGAUGGCAUCUUCAAGGAGACAGAUGCUGGCCGAUGGGUUCAUGUGGUGUGUGCACUCUACGUUUCUGGCGUAGCAUUUGAGGACGUGGAGAGGCUAAGGCCAGUGACUCUCACCGAGAUGUCAUAUGCCAAGUACGGAGCCAAGGAGUGCAUGCUGUGUGAGGAGCGCCUGUUUUCCCGUACCGGAGUGUGCAUCAACUGUGAUGCGGGGAUGUGCCGGAGCUUCUUCCACGUGAUGUGUGCCCAGCGCGAAGGUUUGUUGUCGGAGGCUGCUGCAGAGGAGGAAAUUGCAGACCCAUUUUUCGCUCACUGCAAGCAGCACGCCGACCGUAUGGACAGGAAGUGGAAGAGAAAGAACUACCUGGCCCUGCAGUCCUUCAGCCGGCAGAUCCGCGAGGAGAAGGGAAAGGCUCACCCGGGGGACAUGCAGCAGGCACGCAUAGAUGCAAAGCUGCAGCUGUACCGGGCGCGCUUCGAGCUGGCGAAGGGAACGCGGCCCAGUCCUUGGGUUCCCCGCGAGAAACUGGCGCGCCCACUCACCAGCAGCGCCUCGGCAGUGCGCGCGCUCCUGCACAAGGCACAGCUGGCGGGGGUGUCUACGGACAUCAUGCCGGCCGACACCACGGAGCCCGGCACUGGCGACGGCCGCAGGAAGCAGAUCCGCCACCCCACGCUCACAGCCGACUUUGUCACAUACUACCUGGAACGGAACAUGCAAAUGAUGCAGAUCCAAGAGAAUAUUUGUGACCAGCGGAAGCUGAAGAAUGAGCUGCAGAAGCAAGAGAAAGCUCUGCGGACCAGCUAUGGUGGGCUUAUGGAGACCUUGGACACCUUGAAGAGUCUGAACAAUAAACUCCAGCGAGAAGGGCACACCUUGUGGAGCACCCUAGGGCAGAUUACUGGACAGAAACUGACGCAGCCUUUAGUACUGCGAGUACUGAGGGAGCAGAAAAGUAGCCUCAUGAAAUCGGGUCAAGAAGCAUCUGUGUCCCUCCCUCAGAUUCUGCACAGCUGUGGCAUUUGCCAGGAGAGCAGUGACCAGCACCUGCUCACACAGUGUGACACCUGCCAACGCUACUACCAUCUGGGCUGCCUGGACCCCCCUCUUACCCGCAUGCCACGCCGCAGCAAGAACAGCUACUGGCAGUGCUCGGAGUGUGACAGGUCGGGUAGUAGCUCGUCGGAUGGUGACGCGACCGCGGAGACACUGUUGGACAGCAUGAAGCGCUCUCGGCGACAGGUGAGGGAGCCCAUCAAGUUUACGCAGCUCCCCGACUCCCCGUCCGAGGACAAGAAACAUCUACAGAAGCAGCAGCGGUCAACAAUGUGCCCUAAAAAAAGGUGUGCGAUUGGAAAGAGACGGAAAAGAGGACGGAAGAGAAAAGCAAAGGAAGAAGAAAUUGAAGAAGAGAAACCCAAGGUUUGUCCCAAGCCAAGAGAGCCCAGGCAUUUCGGUGCAAAAAAACCAAAGGCGGAAGAGCAGCAAAUACAGUGCACGACAUGUGGCACCUCGGGGAGCAGCGACACCACAGUGAGGUGUGAUCAGUGCACCCUGAAUUACCACUUUGGCUGCCUCAACCCACCCCUUAAGAAGUCGCCUAAGCAGUUCGGUUAUGGUUGGAUAUGUCAAGAUUGCGACUCCACGCCAUCAGAGGCUGCCAAUCCAGGUGGAAUUUGGUACACGAGGGCCGUUACGGAGGAUGAAAACAACGACGAAGACCAAAAGGAAGACGAGAACGGUGCGAAAGGAAACAAGGAAGAAUCCACCUCGCCUGCCAUGAAGAAAAGCGUGUAAUUAAAAUUGUUAACCUCAAGUUGCGUGUCCUUUUAUCGCCUGCAGUUACAUGAAGCGUAGAGCAUCUUAACAAUGUGGUGUUGUAUAGCGUCAAUAUUUAGAAAUGUGUUUGCAUUCUGUUGGUUCUGACAAUAUUUCCAGGGGAACAGUUUACAUGAAUUUCCACACUACGUGUCAUAAGACUUGAGUUUCAGAAAAAUGGGUCAGAUGCUUGUACAAAUUGAGUACGAACGUUCCAAGCCGCACAUGGAUACAAUGCAUUCGCCACUAUUAGCGAUGUUAUUUUACGUAAGUUACCCUCGUUCGCAAUGUAUUUUUACAUAUUGUUUCUAACAUUUUUUAAAAUUCUCACAUUUUUUAUUUUAAUUCCAGCCCAUUCAGAUACCCUUAAACAGCCUCCUUCAACACGUAAUUUUCGUCAAAACGGGGUCCAAGCAGAUGCUCCUUUAAUUCGGGAAGCUGGGGAAAGUCACUGCAUUCCAAUUUGUGGAGAAUAGGCAGAAUGUGGUAGUUUGACAGCAGCCUUUGCAACUUACAUUGUGUGCUCUAGGGCAGCGGCCCCCAACCUUUUUGGCACCAGGGACCGGUUUCGUGGAAGAUAAUUUUUUCACGGACCGGGUUGGGGGGGUGGUCAUCAUUGGGUCUUUCCCCCUUUUCAAAGAAGCUCUCCAGCGAUGUUUGUUUUUUUACUCAUUUUGGCUUGGGGUUAGCAGCUUGUGGGCUUACCAACACUGUGAUUGAGACAAGUGCGGGAAAGAAGCGUGGACGGAAGUAGUCAAUAAAAUAAUGGGCGGGCCACCGCUCACCUGCUGCUGUGCGGCCCGAUAAAUGACAAUGCUUUCGGGCAUUGUCAUUUAUCAGCUCUCAUCUUACCUUUGUGCUUUUCUUUGAUAGACUAGUGGUCAGUUGAUGGAGCAAGUCUGCAUAAUUAACCUAUGAUAGUCUUCCUUGUGUAGCGUAAAGUAAAUAUGCAACACACCUUUAGCAUCCCAAAAAUACUGAACAUAAUCUUCUCUGCAGGGCACUUUGAAUGUCUUGCGUUUGGGAGAAGUUGAAUGUUUCUUCUGCAUUGACCACCAGUUGGUCUCAGAGUCAUUAUCCUAAAUUCAGGUCUCAUCACCAGAAAUAAAUUGACCCUUAAAUCUCUCCCAGUCUGCCUUCAUUAGGUCAGGAUUGUGAUGAAAAGUUAUUAGAUGUUGUCCUCUUUGUGUCGCCUUGCUCAUUUGCCAAUAUGAGAUUCCACCAAUUCCACACCCAAAGUGGCAGCUAACUGCAACAGUAAAAAGCUGAUCUUUCAAAACCAAGUCUUGGACAGCCUCAAUGUUUUCCUCACUGACUGAAGUUACAGGCUGCCCUAACCUGGGGUCAUGUUCAGGAGUAUUUCUGCCGCCCCAGAAUUAUGCAGCUCAACUUUUAACGAUGGCGUAUGAUGGUGUCCCCCUUCACAUUUUAUAUUAAUUCAGACAUUUCCGUUGGCUCAGUGUGUUCUAGUAUAAAAAAAAGUUAUGACAGGAACCGCUUGAUUUCAUCUGCCAUCAUAGUAUACCUGCAGUUGGUGGAUAAAUUAGGAACAAAUCAAUUUAGUAUAUUGUUACCCAACUGUUUUGAGUAAUCUUAACAUAAGUUGCAAUAAAAUUAAUGGUCUCUGGUAUUUCCUUGAUACAUUUGGCUCAAAACAUUGUGCCACCCUUCCAUUUUGUGCUUUAUUUAAGGCACUUUGCAAUGCCAUGGUAUUGAAGUGCCCUAUAAAUGCAAGCUCUUGAUCCUUUAAUUUUAACUGAAUAUUUUCAGUAUUGUUACAAUGUUGAUAACAGCAUAGUGGUUCAUCAAAAAAACCUGCCCAAACUGCUCACCUGAAACCUGGAACGUGUAUGUAAUACGUGCAGAAAAUGUCCAACACGUGUUUCUUAUAAAAUGCCUUCCAUUGUUUUGUGGCGAAUGACAAUAAAAAAAUAAGGCGAAAAGUGCCCCACCCCCUUGCCUCUAGAUUAUUGUCAAAGUAAUGCGUUCAAGCAAUGAGUAAAGUGCCAGAUGAAAACUAUAUGCUGUAUGACACAGAGACGUUACAAUACCUGGACUACAAUCUUCUUGCCACAUGUCAUGGGUCCAUGUUAUUUGUAAGAAUUCUGAUGUUAUUUCACUCGUACAUAAUUUGUAAUUUACACAAUGUUCUGCCACCUCCAUGACUCAUGCACAUUUCCCAAGUAAAAAAAUAAACAGUUGGGAUUUAUCCCAUUUUCGCUUUCA